GGAGAGUGCUCUGACAGCUUCAGUGUCCUGCCCAGAUAAAUCCGCGCACUAUUUCUAAACACACAGUAACUCCCAGCAAAUUGAGUUUGACAUUUAUCAUUAUACGUCAGUACUGAAAAACUGCUAAGAAGCAAAGCCAGCUUUAGCUUUCUGAGAUGUGUGGAAGAACUGCGUGCACCCUAGCUCCGGACGAGGUGAGCCGAGCCUGCUCGUACAGAAACCGGGGCGGACAGCGGAGACAGCCCCGCUGGAGGGACGGAGACGCGGACAAAUACAGACCCUCCUACAACAAGAGUCCCCAGUCCAUGAGUCCGGUUCUGGUGUCGCAGAGACAUUUCGACAAGGCUGCUCCUGUGGAUGAAUGUGUUUUGGCCUCAAUGCGUUGGGGUCUCAUACCCGCCUGGUUCAAGGAGAGUGACCCCAGCAAGAUGCAGUACAGCACCAGCAACUGCCGCAGCGAAAACAUUCUUGAGAAAAAGUCCUACAAGGACCCCCUGCUGAAGGGACAGCGCUGCGUCAUCAUGGCUGAUGGAUUUUACGAGUGGCGGAGGGUGGACAAGGAGAAGCAGCCUUUCUUCAUCUACUUUCCUCAGAAAAAUGGCCCGAGCCAGGAGCGGAAAGAGGACCAGCAGCAGGACGUCACGUCUUCAACUCGCAAUACAGUCAUGUCAGAGAGAGGGGAAAUCUCGCAUGACCUGGCAGAGGAAAGUGAAGCUGAGUGGAGCGGGUGGAGGUUGCUGACGAUGGCCGGAGUGUUUGACUGCUGGACACCACCAGGCGGUGGAGAAGCUCUUUACUCCUACAGCGUUAUCACUGUGAACGCUUCCCCGAAUCUCCAAAGCAUUCACGACAGGAUGCCAGCCAUCCUGGAUGGAGAAGACGAAGUGAGAAGAUGGCUCGAUUUUGGGGAGGUGAGAUCUCUGGACGCCAUCAAGCUGCUUCAGUCCAAGGACGUUUUGACUUUUCAUCCCGUCUCGUCUUUUGUCAACAACUCACGCAACAACUCCCCAGAGUGCCUCCAACCGGUGGAUCUCGACCGCAAAAAGGCGAUCAAAGCCACAGCUAGCAGUAAGGUGAUGAUGAGCUGGCUGUCGAGCGGCAGCCCGGCUAAAAGGAAGGAGCCCGAAGCGAAAGAGACCAAAGGAGAGAAAGACAGCGAGGCUAAGAGUCGAUGCAAGCCCGCUGGAGGACUGCAGCUGUGGCUUCAGGGAGCCAAUAAGAAACCGAGAACAAAAUAAACACAAGAAAUGUA